AUGACGACAAGUUCAGCAACGCCUGCCACGGCGCAGACCAAUGGCAGCGCCAACGGACAUGCUUACCGGUACCAAAACGGCAAUUCAGGCGAUUCCGAUGGCAAGUCCGACGUGUGUGUUGUCGGAGCCGGCCCCGCCGGCCUGAUGCUCGGUUCUUUGCUUGCUAGGUUUGGCCAGAAUGUCGAUAUGAUUGAUGAAAGGCCCGACCAAACAACAGUAGGCCGCGCCGAUGGCAUCCAGCCCAAGUCCAUCGAGACCUUCCAAAUGCUCCGCAUCGGCGACGAGCUCCUCCGCGACGGCGUCAAGGUGCACGACAUCUGCAUGUGGCAGAGCUCCAGCGCAGACGACCUUCAUCGGCUCAGCCGCUCCAUCCACUACCCCGCGUCCGUGGUAGACCUUCUCCAGCCGUACAUCCUGCUGUGUCACCAGGGCAUGAUCGAGGCCGUCUUCAUCGACGAUUUCCGGAAAAGCGGCUUCGAGGUCAAGCGAGGUCACAGCUUCCAGACCUACACUGCAUUGGAGGACGGCUCGCUGCAGAUCGAGGCCGACCACGAUGGAAGCGGACCUACCAAGAUCCACACCGAUUAUGUCGUGGGCUGCGACGGCGCCAGGUCCAAGGUACGACAAACCAUCCCCGACACGUAUGCCCAAGGAACGCCACACGCCUCAGUAUGGGGCGUGCUUGAUGGCGAACUCGAGACCGACUUUCCCGACAUCUGGAGCAAGACCGUCGUGUUCUCGGAACAGCACGGCUCCAUCCUCAUCAUCCCCAGAGAGCGCAACAUGACGCGCUUCUACAUCGAGAUGAAGUCCUCCACUUCAUCAAAAGACCUCGGUCAAGAAUAUGUGAUGGAACAGGCGAAGUUGAUCCUGGCCCCCUACAGCGUGAACUGGCGUUCGGUAGAGUGGUUCGGCAACUACUCAGUUGCUCAACGCGUUGCUGCCCGCUUCUCGGACCCUGCCCAGAGAGCCUUCAUCGCCGGCGAUGCCAGCCACACCCACAGCCCCAAGGCCGCGCAAGGGAUGAACACCAGUAUCCACGACUCUUGGAACCUCGGAUGGAAGCUCAACCUGACACUGAGAGGACUGGCCAAGGACGGUAUUCUUCUGGGGUCCUAUGAGCAGGAACGUAAGAAGAUUGCACACGACCUUAUCAACUUCGAUUUUGAGCACGCCAACGAGAUUGCGCGCGGCGAUGCUAAGCGCCUGGCCGAGAACUUCAAGACAAACACGAGAUUCAUCUCCGGCGUGGGCGUCGAAUACGGAGAGAACGAGCUCAACCGUGGCCGGUCGGAAGCCGUGAAAGGCGCUGCCAGGCCCGGCUCUAACCUUCCGCCUGCGAAAGCCACCCGAUACAUCGAUGCCUGUCCGGUUGAUGUCCAGCUUGACAUCCCUAUCCUAGGACAAUUCCGCAUUUACGCUGUUUUGAACAAUGUUGCCAGCCCAUCCGCCAAGUCGUUCCUCACUUCCUUCAAUGAUUCUGUGGCAUCCGAGUCCUCCCUAUUUACUCAAUUAUCAAAGGCAGCAGCGCAGUCGUACCAGAAGAAGCCUCGGGCUAGGAGAGUAGACGACCAGCAUGUGCGUCCUGAGAGGUAUACUUCUGUGAGCGAGCUCAGCACCUUUGCCCUGAUAACUUCAACGGACAAGAACGACUUCGAGAUCUCGUCCCUGCCGCCAGUGUUCUCCCGCAGCGGCUGGACCGUCUACCUGGACGACGUCGCACCGCUCGACACGCAAGGUCGCACAGUCACAGACAAAUGGCUCGGGGGACUUGGAGCGGACGAAGCUGCCGUCAUUGUUGUCAGACCCGAUGGCUACGUCGGCUCAAUUGGUCGGUGGAACACGACGGAGUCCACAGCCGGGCAGACGGCGGCCCAAUGGCUCGACGACUAUUUUGGAGGAUUCCUGCAAGUCCCCGCCAACUAA